AACAAGUAGUCUUCAAGGAAAAAAAGUCAUAUCUUCUUCCUUUCAUUUUGGAUUAAAACUUUUGUCCUUCUACAUGCACUUGACCCUCAAACGUCAGUGCUAUAAUAUAAUUCAAUUGACUUUAAUGUGUGCUAAACUAAUUUCCAUUUUGAAUGAACUCAAAUGAGUAAUAAUAAUUUAAAAAAACAAACAAGAAAGAAGAAAAAGUAAAUUUUAAAAUGCAAAUUAAGAGUCUCGUAGACACAAUGGAGAAUUUGCGUAAGCAGAUGGUAAAUAAACAAGAAAAUACAGACAAUGUGAAUUAUAGUGAAGAAGUUCAACCAGUCGUUGUGCGUAAGACACCAAAAUUUCCAUCACGAGAACGUCAUUUAGCGAUACGACGAAAGAGAGCACCAGAUAGUCCCAGUUCACAGAGUUCUGAGAGCAUUGAUUUAAGCCCUGACUCAAGUGAUUCCGCAUCGUGUUGUUCGUGCGAUAACGCGUAAGA